AUGUCGCCCGGCACUUUUGAGCUGCUAUUGACCUGGGUCGCUCCUUUAAUAAUAAAAAAGUCCACCAGAAUGCGAGAACCAAUUUCUCCAGACGAAAGGCUCUCAGUUACUUUGAGAUAUCUAGUCACGGGUGAUGCUCACACUACAAUUGCGGCGAGCUAUCGUAUAAGUCCUACGACGGUGGGGCGAAUUGUGCAGGAAACUUGUGAUGCAUUGUGGAACGCUCUUUCCGAGCAAGGAUUUUUGCGUGUCCCUUGCAAUACCAAUGACUGGAAAAGAAUUGCAAACGAUUUUGGACAGAUAUGGAAUUUCCCUCAUGCACUCGGGGCUUUGGAUGGAAAGCAUGUUGUGAUGCAAGCACCAGCACGUUCAGGCUCAAUUUUUUUUAACUAUAAAAAAACUCACAGUAUUGUGUUGCUUGCUGUUUGUAAUGCUCGGUAUGAAUUUACAUUGGUGGACAUAGGAGACACUGGUAGGCAAGCUGACGGCAGCGUAUACACAAACAGUUACCUUGGCCGAGCAAUUCAAAAUGAUUUGCUCAAUUUCCCUCAACCAGAGGCCUUGGAAAGUUGCCCAAGCAAACCAUUCCCAUAUGCUUUCUUAGCAGAUGAUGCUUUUGGUCUUAAACCAAACCUCAUGAAACCUUACCCCAACCAGUAUUUACCUCUAGAUGAGAGAAUUAUUAAUUAUCGACUGUCAAGAGCACGGAGAGUAUUUGAAAAUGCAUUCGGUAUUGCAACAACUCGUCAUUUAGAGUUUUUCGCAGGCCAAUCAUUGCAACAGAGCAAAAAGGUCGUCCUUAUCACCAAAGCAGUUGUGGCUCUGCAUAAUUUUCUUAUGAGCCUUACUCUAAGUCAAAGGAGCAACUCAUACAAUUAUUGCCCGGCAAAUUAUGUGGAUCAAGAAAAUCCAUGUGGUACAAUUCCAGGUGAGUGGAGAAACCAUGACAGUUCAGAUGGCUUAAUACCUAUUGCUCGAACUGGGUCAAAUAAUUAUUCAAGAACUGCAAAGCAAGUGAGAGACGACUUCAAAGACUAUUUCAUGAAUGAAGGAGCAGUAGACUGGCAAUGGGCAACUGUGACAAGAACAUGA